AUGGCUGAAAAUAUUUCAACUGAUGAGGUCGUGAUCCUGGGUGAUGAAAGUAUUAACUCAAAUGCUAUGCGUCAAACACAAUCUGUUCAACCAAAGGUUACAAAAGAAAGAAAGAGAAGGUCUCGAGCAUGGGAUAAUUAUGGAACAUUUGUUGAUGAAGAAGGAAAUAAGAAAGCAAAGUGUAAGCAUUGCGGCCAAGAUUAUUUUGCUGAUUCAGUUAAAAAUGGUACAAAGGCAAUGCUUACUCAUAUGUUAACAUGUCCAAAGAUGCCCAAAGUUGUUGACAAAAGUCAAACUCAAAUAGGCUUUCAAUCUGUUCAAGAAGGGAAUACAUGUAAUGUGAUUGUUGUUUCCAGGAAAUUUGAGCAAGAACAAUGUAGGAGAGCUUUAUGCCGCAUGGUAAUUGUGGAUGAACUACCAUUCAAGUUUGUCGAGAAGGAAGGUUUUAAAAACUUUAUGAAAGUAGCGCAACCUCAUUUCAAGAUUCCUUCUCGUACCACUAUGACACGUGAUUGUUUUAAGUUUUAUAAUGAAGAAAAGCAAAAGUUGAAGAGAGUUUUCGGAGAAGCACGUCAAAAAGUAUGUCUGACAACUGAUACUUGGACCUCUUUGCAACAGAUUAAUUAUAUGUGUAUCACUGCACAUUGGAUCGAUAAUGAAUGGAUUAUGCAUAAGAGGAUAAUCAGCUUCUGUCCAAUUUCCAGCCAUAAAGGUGAAAAUAUGGCUAAUGAGAUUAUUAAGUGUUUGCAUGAUUGGGGCUUAGAUAUAAUAUUUACCAUCACAGUCGAUAACGCUAGUUCUAAUGACGUGACUGUGAAAGAGUUGUCUAAGAUGUUCACUAAACGGGGGAUCAAUUUCAUGAAUGGAGAACACCUUCAUGUGAGGUGUAUCGCGCAUAUUCUAAAUCUUGCUGUUCAAGAUGGUUUGAAGAUGUCUGUUGUGUCUAUUGAACGGGUUAGAAAAGCAGUUAAAUACAUAAGGUUGUCUCCUGCAAGGUGUAAAAGGUUCCAAAAAUGUUGUGAAGAUGUUGAUAUUAAUUGUAAGAAAUCUUUAAGUUUGGAUGUUUCUACAAGAUGGAACUCCACAUACUUGAUGUUAAAUAGAGCUAUUGAGUUUGAAAGUGCAUUUUCCAGCUAUUCUGCUCGUGAUAUUAGCUUGUUACAUUACCUUAAGUUUGUUGAGGAUGAAGAUGGAAAGGAUGAAAAUGGAAGCGCUAUUGGUGCCCUUUUGAGUGAUGACUGGGACAAUGUAAGAAAAAUUGCUAAUUUUCUUCAAAUUUUUUAUGAAUACGAGAGAAUUAGCUUUGCACUUCAAAUGAUGUUUGGGAAAGAAGCUCCAAUUUUAGAGAAAAGAGUUGGAGACUACAUGGAAUUGUUGUUUGGUGAAUAUGUAAAGUCCCUUUCUAAAGAUAAAGGUAGUCAACACUCUUCAUCUUUAUCUAGUUCUUCAUUUGAAAAUUCCAGUUCACUGCUUUCAAGUUCAGGCAGUGUUGUCCAAUCGAUAGGAUCUUUAGGGACAUUUAUGGGUGAUCUAAUGAAACAUAAAACUGAAAAUACAACAACUGUCAAAACAGCAUUGCAAAAAUAUUUUGCUGAAGAAAAUGAAGUUGAAAGCAAGAACUUCAACAUCUUGUCUUGGUGGAAAAUAAACUCACCCAGAUUUUCCGUUCUUGCUGAGAUGGCUCGGAAUGUGCUAGCUAUUCCCAUUUCAAGUGUGGCAUUUGAGUGUGCGUUUAGUACUGGUGGACGUAUCUUGGAUUCAUUUAGGAGUUCAUUAACUCCUAAAUUAGUGCAAACUCUAGUGUGCCUUCAAGAUUGGAUAAAAAGUGAAUCACGACCUAUAAGUGUUGAGGAAGAUAUAGAUGUCCUCGAACAGCUUGAACAAGAUUUGGCUAAUACUAACAUUCUGGAUGAGUAA